CCCCACCCUCUUCAAGGUCUCUCACUUUCCUGUCAUGGCAACGAUUGUAUCUGAAAAACUCAGCCACCUCUUCAUCAACCUCCAGCACUUGUGCAAAAUCCCUCGGAUUCUGGCUGAGGCCUUGCCUGCUCCGUCCUGCACAGUGGCAGCCUCCGACGUGCCCCAGCUUUUCCGGAAGCCUUACAUCCAGGCCGGCUACCGACCCCUCCACCGGAGCUGGACCUUCUACUUCCUCUCCCUCUUCCAGCAGCAUAAUGAAGCACUCAAUGUCUGGACGCAUCUGCUGGCAGCUUUCAUGCUGCUGGGGCGGUUCUGGCAACUCUCCCAGAUGGUCGAUUUUGUGGGCGACCCGCACGCCCAGCCCUUCUGCAUCGUGGCGGUGUCUUCCAUCAUCUACUCCACCUUCAGCACCUUGGCUCAUCUCUUGCAAGCCAAGUCUGAGUUCUGCCACUACACGUUCUUCUUCCUGGAUUAUGUAGGGGUGGCCACCUACCAGUACGGUAGCGCUUUGGUGCAUUAUUACUACGCCAUUGAGCCAGAAUGGCAUGCCUGGAUCUCCAGUUUCUACAUUCCAGGUGCGGUGGGGCUGGCUUGGUUGUCCUGUGUUGGUUCCUGCUAUGCCAAAUACCGAUGCCCACACCUCUCCCCUCUGCAGGGGAGGCUCUGCCAGGAAAUGCCCUCUGCAGUAGCCUAUGCUUUAGACAUUAGCCCUGUGCUCCAUCGUAUCUAUACCGCCACCAUCUCUGGGCAAAACGACUUGGCUGCUACCUACCAUAAGUGCCACAUUUUGUGCUUCCUGGUUGCAGCCUUUUUUUUCGCCUACCCCUACCCCGAGAAGUGGUUUCCCGGGAAGUGUCACUUUGUUGGACAAGGCCACCAGCUCUUCCACAUGUUCCUCAUACUUUGUACCUUCAUCCAGUUAGAGGCGGUGCUUCUCGAUUACCGGACUCGGAGGCUCAUUUAUUCGCAGCUGCAUGGCGACCUGGCUCCUUUUUUUUCCAUUAUGUGCCUUGUGCUGAUGGCUUGCUGUGGCCUCACAGCCCUCUACAUGACCGUCAAAGUCAAACACAAAGUCUGGCCGAAGCGGGACUGA